AUGCUAUCACAAAAUUAUGAUCAUUCAUUGAGGCCAACUUACAGGAGAAUCUGCAAGAAAAAGACCACUGAGGAGUUCCACCCUUGGCCAUAUCUGGCCACUACCAUGAACUGUGUAUUCUGGAUCUUCUAUGGCAUACCAAUUGUCCACCCUGAUAGCACUCUUGUGGUAACAAUCAAUGGCGUUGGGCUUGGCUUGGAGAUAAUCUAUCUCACACUUUUCUUCUACUACACCAACUUUAAGAACAGAAGGACUAUAGGGCUCGUCCUUACCGCGGAGAUGGUGCUGCUUGUUAUCAUUGCUGCCAUCACUCUCGUCUGCUUUCACACGCACAACGCAAGGUCCAUGUUCGUGGGGAUUGUCUGCAUCGUUUUUGGGAGCCUCAUGUACUUUUCCCCUUUAUCCAUCAUGUGGACAGUUUGGAAAACAAAAAGUGCUGAGUUCUUGCCGUUUUGGCUCUGCCUUGCUGGUUUCCUCAAUGGCGUGUGCUGGUUCUCUUAUGCCUUCCUCAAGAAAUUCGACCCGUAUCUCGCUAUUACAAAUGGGCUUGGGGGGAUCUUUGGUUUAUUCCAGAUUCUUGUCUAUACUUACUACACUUUAAAAGGAAAGAGUUCCAAAGGAUUAUCAGUAGGAGAUGGUGCUAAGACAAGUGAUGAGCAGCUCCAGAAAAACUACAUGGCAUCACCAGUUUGA